GUUAUCUCUUUGAAGAGGAGGCAUUCACCAGCAGCAGCAGCACAGGUAAUUAUGUGCAGGUGCCUUCUCCUAGUGCCUUGCUGGUUGACAAUCCCACCUCCUUUGGAAACGCCAAGGAAGUAAUAGCAAUCAAAGAUUAUUGUCCCACUAAUUUCACCACUUUGAAGUUCUCCAAGGGAGACCACCUUUAUGUCUUAGACACGUCGGGAGGCGAGUGGUGGUACGCUCACAACACCACGGAAAUGGGUUACAUCCCUUCCUCCUACGUCCAGCCUGUCAACUACCGCAACUCCUCCUUAACAGACAGCGGGAUGAUAGACAACCUACUGGAGAGCCCUGAUGAGGGAGUCAAGGAGCUGGACCUGCUUGGAGAAUGGACUGAUGUGAAAAGAAACUCUCUGAAAACCUACAAUAACAACCCUUUCUUGAAUGGUGUCCAGACAAACCCGUUUCUCAAUGGGAAUUUGCCAACGGUGCCCAGCUCAGACAGAGAGUCCAGCGUCGCUGUUGACUUGCUGCUCUUCGACACGGGGGCUCCUGCUUCAACCGGCUCCAGUCUGGCCGCUAAUAGCAGCUUGGGUAACAUUUUUGAUGAGUUUCCAUCUACAAACAGGCUGGAUCUGGAACAACCUGUGAGAAGGGACAAUCCCUUUUUCAGGAGUAAACGCUCCUACAGUUUGUCUGAACUAUCUGUUCUUCAGGCCAAGUCAGAUGCUCCAACGUCAUCAGGUUUCUUCAGUGGUUUGAAGUCUCCCACCCCUGAGCAGUUCCAGAGCCGGGAAGAUUUUAGGACAGCGUGGUUGAACCACAGGAAGUUGGCUCGGUCUUGCCAUGACUUGGAUUUACUAGGUCAGAAUCCUGGCUGGGGUCAAACACAACCUGUGGAGACCAACAUUGUCUGCAAGCUGGAUAGUUCUGGUGGAGCUGUUCAGCUUCCAGACACCAAUAUCAGCAUCCACGUUCCUGAAGGUCACGUGUGCCCUGGGGAGACACAACAGAUCUCCAUGAAAGCGAUGCUGGAUCCACCACUGGAGCUGAACAGUGACAAGUGCAGCACCAUCAGCCCGGUCCUACAGAUCAAACUCAGCAACAUGGAGGUGAAAACCUUCAUCGUUCUAGAGAUGAAAGUGUCAGCAGAGGUCAAGAACGACAUCAUGAGCAAGAGUUUGGUGGGAUUGCAGUGCCUGCGGAGCGACUUGAAAGAGGGGCCGUACACACCGAUGCAGCUGAGCUAUUCCUAUGGGGACACGAUCCAGGUGCAGCUGGAGAACCUGGAACCUUGCAUGUACAUCGCAGCCGUAGCCCAAGGGCAGAACAUCCUCUACCCUUACACGGUUUGGGAUUACAUCAACAAGAAGAUCACGGUUGGUGUCUACGGCCCAAAACACAUCCACCCUUCCUUUAAAACCGUCGUGGCCAUAUUCGGGCACGAAUGCGCACCCAAGACUCUCCUGGUGAACGAGGUCACCAGACAGUCUCACAACCCGGCUCCUGUUGCUCUCCAACUCUGGGGUAAACAUCAGUUUGCUCUGUCCCGACCUCAGGACCUCAAACUCUGCAUGUUCUCCAACAUGACCAACUAUGAGGUGAAAGCUAGCGAGCAAGCCAAAAUCGUGCGAGGCUUCCAGAUGAAGCUGGGCAAGGUCAGCCGCCUUAUCUUCCCCAUUGUGUCCCACGACCCCAAUGACCUCUCAGACUUCACACUAAGGAUACAGGUCAAGGAUGACAAAGAUGCCAUUUUGACCCAAUUCUGUGUCCAAACGCCACAACCUCCUCCAAAAAGUGCCAUCAAACCGACAGGGCAGAGACGGUUCCUCAAGAAGAAUGAGGUUGGAAAGAUCAUCCUUUCACCUCUGGCUGCCACCACCAAGUAUCCAGUUUUUCAGGACCGGCCAGUGUUGAGCUUGAAGUAUGGGAAGCUGCUGAAGACGGUGGUGAGGCAAAGCAAGAACCACUAUUUGCUGGAGUACAAGAAAGGAGACGUCGUAGCCCUCCUCAGUGAGGAGAAGAUCAAGUUAAAAGGCCAACUGUGGACCAAGGAGUGGUAUAUUGGUUACUACCAGGGAAAAGUAGGCCUUGUACACACCAAAAAUGUUCUGGUGGUUGGAAAAGUCAAGCCCAGCUACUUCUCUGGGCCAGAUCUCACCACCAGCUUGUUGUUGGAGCAGAUCCUGAGGCCUUGCAAGUUCCUAACCUACAUCUACGCCUCUGUGAGGACUCUGCUCAUGGAGAACCUCAGCAGCUGGCGGUCCUUCGCCGAUGCUCUGGGGUACUUGAACUUGCCGCUGACUUUUUUCUGCCGAGCGGAGUUGGACAGCGAGCCGGAGCGUGUGGCCUCCGUCUUGGAGAAGCUGAAGGAAGACUGCAACAACACCGAGAACAAGGAGAGGAAAUCUUUCCAGAAGGAGCUGAUGACGGCCAUGUUGAAGGUCUUCUGCAGGCUGCUCAGCACAGCCAGGUGGAAGUUCAGCCCUGCAGUUGUUUGUCUUG